UUCCCAGAUAUACGCUUAACUCACACUUCACCUACAACACACUCCAGAGACAUUGCACCAUCAUCACCAUUCGGCAAUAGCUGUACUUGGAAACAAAACAUAAAUAUGAGCUCCGAUCUGUACCGACUAACGGCCACCGAGGUCUUACAAAAGACCAAGGCUGGAGACAUUUCUGUCCAAGACUAUGCGACUUCGCUAUUGAACCGAAUUGCGGCAAGAGAUGACGCUGUUCAGGCUUGGGCAUAUCUCGAUCCAGCAUAUGUAUUGGAGCAAGCAAAAGCACUGGAUGCCAUACCUGCAGCUGAACGAGGGCCUCUACAUGGCGUCGCCAUUGCCGUAAAAGAUGUCAUCUUCACAAAAGACAUGCCAACGCAGUUCAAUUCCCCAGUCUAUACCAACAACGCCCCAAAACUCGAUGCUGGAUCCAUAGUCAUUCUCCGCAAAGCUGGAGCGCUUAUCCUAGGGAAAACCACAACAACAGAAUUCGCCGCAACAACCGUAGGCCCCAAAACCCGCAACCCACAUGAUCCAAACCGCACCCCAGGAGGAUCCUCAUCUGGUUCUGGAGCGGCUGUGGGCGAUUUACAAGCACCUAUCGGUUUAGGCACACAAACAGGCGGUAGCACCAUCCGUCCAGGCUCCUACAAUGGCAUCUACGCCUUCAAGCCGACGUGGAACGCCAUCACGCGCGAAGGCCAGAAGAUCUACGCACUCAUCUUAGACACGCUGGGUCUAUACGCUCGCAGCGUAGCCGAUCUCGAGCUCCUCGCCGACACGUUCGCCAUCUUCGACGAUGUCCCCGCACCGACAAACUUCGCCGUCAAGGGCGCAAAAUUCGCGCUUCUGAAAACAAUGGUGUGGCCAAGUGUCGGUCCGGGAACCACGGCUGCUCUCGAUAAAGCCGCCGAUUUGCUCCGCGCGCAUGGAGCUGAGGUCGAGGAAAUCACUCUCCCGGAGAACUUGGACGAGCUUCCUCAAUGGCACGCCGCGGUCCUCGCGUCGGAAGGCCGCACUGCCUUCUUACCAGAGUAUGCGACGGCUAAAGAUCAGAUAUCGGCGCAGUUGGUCGGCCACGUUGAGAACAGCGAUAAGAUCUCGCGGAAGGCGCAGUUGGAUGCGUUCGACAACAUUGGCGCGGCCCGGCCUGUUGUGGACGAUAUCCUUGGUAGAUAUGCUGCAGUUAUCACCCCUAGUGUCCCCGAUGAAGCGCCUGAAGGGAUCGAGAAGACUGGAAGCGCGGCUUUUUGCUUAAUUUGGACGGCUUUACAUACACCUGUUGUCAAUGUACCAGGCUUCCAGGGAGACCAUGGUAUGCCAAUCGGGGUGUCACUCGUCGCGCCGCGCUACCAUGACAGACGCUUACUCGCAGUGAGCAAGAAAGUGGGCGAGAUCUUUGAGAAAGAAGGAGGGUGGAGUCGAUCGGUAUGA